GCUGCACUUUAUUCUUUCAAUGUUGCAACAUCUCUGAUAUACGUCGGUUACCAACAACCUUGAAAAUGGCUGAGACUGGAGAGACAGAACCCCUCUUGCAGCCCGAAAACAGUCUCGAGUCCGCACGCGAUUCCGAAUCUUUUAGGCAGCCCGAGUCGUCUUCAUCGAAACACGCUUUGCGCGUAAUCGUGCUGAUUGCAACUGUGACUCUGAUUUCGGAUCUCGCUGGCUACGCAGCGGUUGCUCCUCAACUGCAGCUUUUUGAGGAAAUUAUUUGCCGACAAUAUUAUACAACAAUAGGCGCUUUGUCUGCUCACGAUCAACUCGACCGAGAGCUAUGUAAAAUUGAGCCGGUACAAAGCGAGUUGGCUUUGAUCAACGGCUGGACUGAUACAUUUCAAACCAUUCCAGGGCUUCUUUUAGCACUGCCUCAUGGCGCUCUGGCGGAUAGAAUUGGUCGUAAGCCUAUAUUGCUACUAGGAAUGACUGGUUGCAUUCUUGGAGAGUGUUGGACCAGAAUUGUUUGCUGGUUUGCUCCAAGAAUUCCUCUGAGAGCAGUUUGGUUCUCAGCCCUGUCACAAUUGAUCGGUGGUGGUCCUCAGACUGCGACAUCAAUGAUGUGGGUCAUGAUUGCAGACAGCUGUUCGGUGGAAAGAAGGACCACGGCUUUUUCGCAACUUUCUGCGGCAGUUUUGAUAUCGGAGAUCGUGGCAACUCCUGCGAGUGCUAUGCUCAUGUCGUUCAGCCCAUGGCUGCCAUACCUCAUCAGCUUUGGCAUGUACUUUGUCGGCUAUUUCAUUGCCUUCUGGGUACCAGAGACACUUCAAAUGGAUAAAGUUGAUGACCAAUCCAGACCUUCGUCAGGUAACGGGGAUGAACCAGGUUAUAAGUAUGUCCUUGGGAAAGUUCUCUCGGAAUUCAAAAAGUUUCAAGAGUCGCUACGACUGGUUCGACAGAACAGCAACGUCACUCUUAUUCUGGUCUGCUUCUUUAGUUCCUAUCUUGGGAAGCAAGCUAUUCCGCUGAUUUUACAAUAUGGACCCAAGAAGUUUCACUGGACUAUUGGUCAGACAUCUUAUCUUUUAUCUCUGCGCGGCAGUGUUAAUCUGUUUCUGCUUCUUGUUCUAUUGCCUGCAAUUUCCGAGUUCCUUAGAUUGAGAUUGAAACUGAAUCCAGCAGUAAGGGAUAAACACCUAACUCAGGCUAGCACUGCACUUCUGUUUAUCGGGUCAACGCUUAUGUUCUUCGGCUGGUCACCUCUGAUAUUCACUAUGGGUUUAGUCAUUUGUGCACUCGGAUUUUCGUUCCAAAUCACUGCACGGAGUCUCGUUACCUCCCUAGUAGACAAGAAUCUAUUGGGAACUGUCUAUACCGCCAUUGCUACUGUGACAUCAGGAGGAAUGGUCUUCGCCGGGCCAUUACUGGCGUAUACAUUCAAAUGGGGUAUGCUGCUCGGUAAUUCUUGGUUGGGAUUGCCUUUUCUCACUGCGGCUGGUCUCUACGCGAUUGGUUUUCUCUCAAUUUCCUUUACAAAGCUUACUAGACCGAGUCACUGAUUUAUCGCCUCCAUCGGUCUUAUUGCAAUAUAAUGUUUGAUGG